AUGGGUUCCGUGUUGCCCGCUGAAGCGCUGGCCCUGAAGGCUGGAUUUAAGCCGCACACACUGGCUUUGUCAGACAUCAUCACCUCAGACAUCCUGCACAGUUUCCUGUACGGCCGCUGGAGAAACGCGCUCGGUGAGCAUCUGUUCGAGGAGAAGAGCAGCGCCGCGGGACCCAAGACGGCCUUUACUGCGGAGGUGCUGGCGCAGUCCUUCUCCGGCGAGGUACAGAAGCUGUCAAGCCUUGUGUUGCCCAGUGAGGUGAUUAUUGCACAGAGCUCCAUCCCUGGUGAAGGUCUUGGCAUCUUCUCUAAGACAUGGAUCAAGGCAGGCACUGAGAUGGGACCCUUCACUGGCAGGGUCAUUGCACCUGAACAUGUAGACCUCUUUAAAAACAACAACCUUAUGUGGGAGGUUUUCAAUGAGGAUGGGACAGUGCGCUACUUCAUUGAUGCCAGUCAAGAGGACCAUCGCAGCUGGAUGACCUACAUCAAAUGUGCUCGGAACGAGCAAGAACAGAACCUAGAGGUGGUGCAGAUUGGAAGCAGCAUAUUCUACAAAGCAGUAGAGACAAUACCACCAGAUCAGGAACUGCUGGUAUGGUAUGGAAAUUCCCACAACACAUUUCUGGGUAUUCCUGGGGUUCCUGGCAUGGACGAGGAACACCAGAAGAAGCAUAAAAAUGAAGAUUUCCACGUGUGUGACACCUCGUCGUCCAGCACGUCUCUGGGCACGGUGGGUCGCAUGCGCUGCGUGAUCUGCCACCGCGGCUUCAAUUCACGCAGCAAUCUGCGCUCACACAUGCGCAUCCACACACUCGACAAGCCUUUCGUCUGUCGCUUCUGCAACCGUCGGUUCAGUCAGUCAUCCACGCUGCGCAACCACGUGCGCCUGCACACCGGCGAGCGCCCCUACAAGUGCCACGUGUGCCAGAGUGCCUACUCACAGCUGGCAGGCCUGCGUGCGCAUCAGAAAAGCGCAAGGCACCGGCCUCCAAGUUCUGGGCCGGUGGUGGGGCUGCAGACCCCGUCACCUCCUCCUCCUCCUCAGAUCGCAGCGGUGCCUCACCCGGCAUCGUUGGUGCACCACAUACCCACUAUGGUGCUAUGA